UAACGAUAAGAGCCUCCUCAUUGCUCAAUCUGCCUGCCAUCAUGGUCGGGACUCCCGUCGACACACCGGCGGAGACCCUGCACCCGUACUACAGACUACUACCGUCGUAUGUGACGCCUGAUAGUGUGCAGGCUGAGUGCAAUGAUUAUCUGCGUCGGAUCCAGGAAACACUUCUUUGUUUGGGAAAUUUGCGCGAUGAAAACACACAGGAAAACUUGCUCCAGAACCGCCAUUUUCGAGAUUUAGACACGUUCUUCAAGCUGAAGCACGAGCUGCCAUUGGAGCUGCACUCACAGCUGAUUAGAGUGUUAGUGGAGCUGCUGUGGACGCGCAAUGCACGCGCUUUCAACGAUGUAGACAUGGAAAUCCGCGCUGUGAAGGCACUGCAAUUAUUGCUACAGAAGUGGAAAAAGCGUCAUCUUUGCGAGGAAGAUGCGGAGGGGCAUGAUCUUGUGAUUGACUGGAGAUCGGUAAAGCGCGCGAUCGAACGCGUGUGCUUUCGGUCGCCCGAAUACAUUCAGCAGGCUUCGCAGAGUUAUCUAGCAAAGCUCAUCAAUACAACGAUCAAAUGUUCGGAGGUGGCGCGCAGUUUCUUCCGAGCGACAGAUCCUGCGGUGCCGUUUGUGCUGGAGCUCUGGACUGAGUUCGGGGACACCAUUAAGGACGUGAAGACGAACGAGUGUUUCCGUGCGUUGGCAUUCUUCUCGUUUUUCGUAUCUCUACCGACAUCCGAACAAGGAGCGACAGAGAAGGCUGUCGUGGAGUUGCUGCCGGACUGGAUGUCAAUAUGGUCGCAGAUUUCUAGAUGCUCCGAAUGGGACGGCCACUGGAUCAAAAUCCUUUCUCGGGUUGCCAAGCGGUAUCCCAGCACAGCGAUGUUUGAUGAAUACCUCCCGUUUGUGUUUGCGAAAGUGAGUGACCUCUUGGAGCUUCCUUCGGAUCUCGGCUCCCCCUUCAAAACACAGUCGUGGCCAUCGGUGUAUUCCUCGAUGAAUGGCUCAAAGCGCUUCGGGCAGCACGCAAUGCGACUGUGUGUGUAUCUCUUGCGCAAUGCAAACGACGGUAAGAGUGAUUACACUCCGACUCGGUAUCUCCUAGAAGUUCUAAGCUUGAUGAAGUCCUUCUUCCAUCCCUCCAAUGUCGCCAACGUUGGCAAUUCACUGGCUACAUUCGUCUAUUACCUGAGCAACGCGCUUGCGAAACGACUUGGACGUGAGAAAAAAGAUGAAAAGCGUUUGCAACUGGCUUCGAUCUCCAAUGUGGCCGAUGCAACACUGGAACUUUGCUUGCUGGGAAUAUACUCGAAGAACCGGGGAGUAGCAACCAGGUGCAUGUACGUGAUGAAGAUCCUUCUGUGCAUCGACUCUGCACGUUGUGCUGCUCCGGUGAUGCAGGAGAUGCUUAAGGCGCUUGACCCUAUGGCCAUGAGUCACUCGCACUUGGCGGUCACUGCGAUAUCGUCGAUGGCGGUCUUUUUACCGCAGUUGAUGUGUGGACGGCAUCCUCAAAGUACGGGGUUGUUCUACGCUACUUAUUUGAAGCCUAUCUUGAAGCUGACGCUCCCGGGGAUUGAUGCGAACGAUGAAAAGAAGACACAGGCGACAAUUCAUCUUUAUUUCAACCUGCUAUCGUGGCUACCGCUAGUGAACGACCCAGCCAAGGCCAACUUCCAGAACACAAAGCACAGAGGUGAAUUGUCGAACCAGUUGUUCGCUGACAUGGAAAAUAGCCUAUUUGCUGAAUUGGGCACAUUGGAGAGACAAAUUGACGAGGAAAUGUGGGGAAACGGGCAACUUUUGGAAGAAUGGGCGCUUGCGGUGCUGGAUCGGUGUUUCCAGUUUAUUCAGUCGCGCUCAGGUGCCAGAUCAUCCUCGUCCUCUCCGAACACUGAUAAAAGAAGAAGCGGAAAGUCCUCCAAGAGCGAUGGAAGCGAAGACGCGAUCGUGCUGCAGGUUUUGAAUUUACAAGCCCUUUUAUUUGCGCAAUUAUCUCCAGAAAUCUACACGCAGUGCUUGCGCAAGACAGUGGCGUUCGUGUCAAACGCAUUCUACACUACAUCUUUUGGGGGGAAAGUAGUCUCCACGUUGAUCUUCAAUUGUAUGCAAGGAAAUCCGUCCGAGGCUAUCACACAGUUCAUGCCACUCGUGCUGGAUAAAUUUCACGUUACGAAGACUGGCAUCGAUGUUUCCAGCUUGAUGGUGAACGAAAAAGUGUGGUAUUUGCGCAUUCUCACUGGAUUAGUGCGCUUCAGUCACCCUGAUGACCGCAUCUUACUGCGUUAUCAGCACGAAUUGGAACUGAUCCUGGCACAUUUUCUGAGCAGCGACGAAGAUAAGGGAGUUUACGAAGCUGCUGGUGCUGUCCUGCGCUAUUUACUCUUUGGUCUUCUCGGCGUGUACACGCAUGACUUUCGAUCGUUGCCUGUUGCAGAGUGGGCGGAUGCAAUUUCUAGCGAAAGUGGCGCAUUUCAAUACCUGGGCGCUGGUAUUUCGUGGAACAAGCUCUCGGUGGCGUGGCAUGAACCAAACGAAGCUGAACUUUCAUUCGGAUUCAAGCUCAUCCAAACUCACGUUGUUAGUGCUCUUGAUGAGUUGGACCGCUUGAGCGAAGCAGAGGAUCUAACUGUUCGCUCGUGGACGCGUCUCCUCAAUCAAAUAGUUCAAGGACUUCGUGGAGCUUCAAAUGUGCUCACUGACGAAACUGUGCACGCGAAUGGGGCGCUUUUAGAUGGUGCUCACUCUCUGCUCCACAAGGCACUGGACACUAACUUGGAGCUCUACAAGAACUUUGUGUCCCUGAAAAGUGAACUGAUGAGCCGGGUGCACAGAGUUAUUGUGUUUUGGAGAGAGAGGGGAAGCGGCAGUGCAAUGGAGAACCAGGUGUGGGAUCUGCUUCUGGAUGUCGCGCAUCAGCUUCUUAUUUGGAGAGGGGAGCAUCUUGACGAGUUUAAGAUGAGAGAGGCUCAAAACAGGUAUUCCAGAAUGACGAGCUUGGAUGUUGCAUCGCAUGCCUAUCGGAAAAGUGGACGUACAGCAAAGGGAGAACAAGUACCGCUCUUAUCGCGCAAUGAACUAGUGGAGAAGGUGAUGUUUUUCUAUGCUAAACGAAAAGUGCAGCAGCACUUCGCACUUGCCAAUGUAAUUAUGCAGCCAGAAAGUGAUGAGGGUACACGCCAACGCUACGAAUCGCUUUUGACGGAGGUUGAACUUCUUCUCAAGAAUCCUUACGAAGAUGUACGAGCCGGUGCCGCCGCAGUAAUGAAGGAGUGUUCGGUGCUGUACGCUAGAUGGAUAUAUUUCCGCCAGUCGAAACAUAUUGAGAACCUUGAGGGACUCGACGACGUACCGCUGCUAAAGGAAGAGCAAGUAUCGGGUGUACUUCACAUGCUUUCCCUGCCGCUUGCCCGAAGAAAUCUGUGGAAGCGACGGGAUGUGCUACUGAAACGCGUGCUUGUGGUGCUGUUGAAGAGUAACAACGCAAUUGUGAAGCACGUCGAUGGCGAAGUGAGCAAGGCGAGGAUCGAAAUGAAGCUGCAAACUUUUUUCCUGUCGCUAUUGUCGAACUGGCGAUACAUUCGUGACCAGGAAGCGGGGUCAGCCCUCCUUGAAGCCCUUGUGAAUGCAGAGCCCUCCUCAGCAGAGCAUUGGAAGUUCCAGUUGAUGCAUUUGGUGACUAUAUAUCCGUUCUUGCAACCGAGAGUCGCGAUUUCGGUGGAUGUGUGGAAGCUGGUGAUUCGCCAAUUGAGUAACGAAGUGCUACCAGUUCGACAGGUUGCUUUGGAAAUCUUUGGCCACCUUUUGAAGGUACUGAAGCGCGACGGCAAGGAAGACGCGUCCACAUGCGUGGAACUCCUUCACGAACUUAUCUACGCUGACAGUACGAUACGCGCUCUUCUGGAUGCUUUCGUCAACAACCACAAAAGCUCGAACAAAUUUGCGGCAUCUGCAGAUGGGCAACAUGCGAAUUCAGCCCCGAGCGAUUGGUCAUUUGGUGUGAACGAAGUUGUCCGGUACAUUUCGAACAGCUCUCAAUCUUUUCCAAAAGCGCCUCCCCUGUCGUCUGUGCGCCUGCUCAAUCGAGCAAGCAACACGAUUACACAUUUGAGCUUGUCCAGCGUCAAGUUGAUACAGAAACUCGUGCUGGAAAAGCCGAAAGCAUUUUUCGGAAGCUGUUUCAUGAGUAUUUUGGCAGACAUGGCCAGCAAGAAGAUUGGCACCGACAGUGUUGAAGAGGACCGUCAGGCGGCGCUAAAAUCGUUGGCGGACUGCUGUGCAGGGUUGAUCCAUUCUUUGGUAAAAUUGAAUGAGGACGACGAGACCGUCAUGAAGAGUGUCGCGAUUGUUGUCGAUGUGCUCAAGAUAAUCCUACCCCAAGUGAAUAUCGUGUUGGUGGACCAAUGGGUAGAGGUGGUAUACGUCUCGUUUCGUCCGUCUAGAUCUGGCACCGUGAAGUUACGUCGAUUGGAGCCACUGGUGAAGUACUUGCUCCUGGAGUUAGAAGAGUCCUUUGCUCGAGCAACCGUUGAAGACUACGCACGUCAAACGAAAUGGCUGGCAUUAGUUGAAACUGUUGGUGUUCAUUUGCUAGCGGCCGGAGUAUCCACAGCUGACACGGCAGUUCACGCACUGGCAUGUGGCUUUGGUGAACGUGUACUCAAAGUGAUCCGUGACCACGCCUUAGCCCACCAAUACAAGAUAAUCCGAGAUCACGCUGGAAAGAUGUUGUUCUUAUUGGGCGCUUACGCUUUCCCAACGUCUUCAUGGUCAAGUGGAUCAUUCUCCUCCCCGGUUUCCCAGUCCUUAUUGCCAUUGAGAGAACUCGUGGCUGCGAGUGGUUCGACGGAAAACAGCACCGUCGACGAAUCUCCAGGGAGCGCCUCCGAGAACGGCAUCCAUUUACAUGCGAAGGAAACCGCAAUGCAGUGGCUAUCAUGCUGUGAAAAGCACGGCGAUAGACGCGAUAUGCUUGCUGUUCUUAACGAGUUACUUCCUGUCGCUCUUUUGGCGCAAAGCCACCCGAAGGCAGAGGUAGCCGUUCAAGCGAAGAACGUCACGGAUGCGGUAUCGCUGUCGCUACGAAUGUACUUUGUGCCACAAGAUACUACCGCCGAAAGUGCGUUGACACAAUUGCUGGAGCUGUUGAAGCGUUUGGCCACCUCUCAAACAUGGAAGACGCGUGGUGCGGUGCUGCGAUUCACCAUGACGUUCGCCUUUUACCACUGGGUUUUCUUCACCAGCGUCUUGAAGGAGCAGGUGCAUACUUUUACCUGCUCAUUCUUGACGGACAAACAGCGAGAGGUGCAGGCCAUGGCAAAGUACGCUCUACGGGGCCUCCUGCACAACGAACAACCUGCAGCCGUGGAGGCGCUUGGUGUGCGCUUCACAGAGAGCGCGGGGCAGGCACGCGUGAAGUUCCCGAAGCUGAUGCGUCGUUGCGAACGUCUGCGGGCCGACGGAGCCCCCAGCGAGGAGCUGAAGAAGGUCCAAGAUCGCUUGGAAUCCCUCGAGGCGACGAUGACGGAGAGUGUGCUGAGUCUGAGCGCCAUCGUUCUGGCGUUCCCACAUGACGUGCCAGCUUUCGUACCACCGAUCAUUGAGGAACUGGGCCGGUUUCUCUACAUGAAGCGGUCCUCCAACAUUAUCUCGUUCCUAGAGAAGACCGUGAAGGAAACGCUGCUGGACUUCAAACGCACGCACCAGGACAACUGGCUGGAGAUGAAGACUAAGUUCUCAGUGGCGCAGCUUGACGUGAUUGAAGAUGUAGCCAUCGCACCGAGCUACUUCACUUAGGCUUGAUGGACGACGCCAACUUGGCGACGUGGCCGUACAUGGAGUAGAUGAUAGCGACGUUGGCCAUGGCUGAAGAGCUGGUAACGACGCAAAAUCGAGUUAUGAUCACUGCUCGGCAAUAACGAUAAGCCUCUAGGUCCGAGUCACUGAUAGUGACGGGUAAACUCGAACGAAGUUUGACGCCGGCGCGUCAGUGUCCGUGUUCAAGUGAAUAAAAAGUACUUUGUAUAGAA